UUAACACAUAUUCUGGUUUAGGUAUUUACUGGGCCCAAGUGAUGAUGGGUUAAUAUGUACUGCACCCAGUGGAAUGUACAUCACGCAUGUACAGGACAAACAGAUUGCGUAUUUAAAUAGAUUGUGUGAAAUUAAUUUCAUUGAAAUUAAUCCAAUAGAAUAUCAGUUUAAAUCUGCGGUUCUACGUGGAAACGAAGACGACAUUCAAAGCCUGGCUACUACUGGCAAACUGUUAGGGGAGAGUAUACUGGGCUGGCUACAGGAGUGUGGAAGGUCAGAUAUAUCUGUACACUUCGUUCAAGAUCCUGCCGCCAGGUUUUCUAUCGCCUUGGAGUUGUACAAUCCUCAGUUAGCGUACACAUCUGCACUAUGGCUAGACACACCACUACACUGGGAUAAGGUGGGAGAAAUGGCGCUCAUGGUUGGGGAUCUAUCCCUCGCAGAAAGUGCGUAUCAGAAAGGUCGCAAUUAUGGUAAACUAAAGUUUCUGUAUUUAAUAACAGGAGCGUAUUCCAAGUUGGUAAAGCUUGGACGGAUUCUAGGAGUAAGAAAGGAUCGUAGUGCUCAGUUUGAGGUUGCGCUGCUCCUAGGAGAUAUAAAGGGGCAGGAGAAGCUUCUGAGAGAAGGAGGAAACAAGGCGCUAGGAGAACUUCUUUUGAAAACCUUUCAUCUGGAGAAUGGGGAAGAUGUGAGCUGGGAAACCUUACAUUCAGCCUCAGAGGUUCAUGAACAAAAUACAAACGGUGUAUACCUGCAAGGAGCUGUACCUAUCCUGGGAGAUUUUACAAACUGGCCACUAGUUCCUAUACCACUAGUACAGUCCUAACAGUAGCAUAACAGGAGACGAAGAGAAACAAUCAAGUAUUGAAUUGAUAAGUCAACAAAAAUUUGCAAGUUAACGUUUUAAUUUUUAAGCUACCUGUGAUAUUUAUGAUACAUUGCAUUUUAAUUAGUUAAAUUUAUUAAACAUAUUAUUAUUAUUGUUUUAUGCCUAGUUUUACGAUCGUCUCAUCUUUCUAUCUUCUAUCAAAAUUCAACGAUAGGUUUAAUAUUAAAUGAUUUGAUUUCUACAAAUUUCUUAGAAUUAAUUAAUAAGUUGACUGAAAAAAUUAGGCACUGUAAUAAACAAAUUUUAUGAAUUUGAAAUGAGGGAAAAAUGUUAUGUUUUUGUCUAGGAUAAAUGAAAAAGGAUUGAAAAUAUAGUUACUUAAUGAUCUUCCAUUUAAUAUUUUCCAUUCCAUAGUAAAUUCAUUAUUUUAAAAUUGCACUUUCUCUGUAAAAGAGACUGUUGUAUUUAUGUAACAGAGAAAAUGAAGGAAUGUGGCAGAAUAUAGAACAAUUUUUAAAAUUAGAAAUGGACGAUAUUAUCGACGUUUUCCCUCAAAUGAGUUAAAAAAAGUAGUGAUGUGAAUAGGACAUUUUACGCAGUGCCAUUGGAUUGCAUUUUUCAACAGAUUUCCAAUGACAUAUAAAAUGUCAUGUAGCUUGAAAAAAAAUUUCGCCCCCCCCCCCAAAGUUUUGCUUUUCUGAACUUUUUCUGAGACACCCUGUGCAAUUGAAAAUCCUCCAGUAUUCACUUUUUUGAGACAUCUGUGUCAAAAUAUGACUAAACAAAUAGCACCUUUGGAUUGCAUUUUUUAACGGCUUUCUAACGGUAUAUUAAACAGCCCUGCAGCAGGCUUUAUAAAAUAAUUACCCCCCUCCCCCCCUGGAGAACAUAGUGCGCCGGGUCCCUUAAUGAUGUUAACAGUAUUUUUGUUAAAUCUGAAAUUGAUUUUAUUGGACACUACAUAAAACAACCAUGUAGUCAGUUUUGUGAGCAAGUAUUUUUGAUAAACUGAGGUUAAAGAUUUAGCUUUUGACUGUGUCUACUAGCUAGGUUUUAAACUGUAUGUAGUAGUAAACUUUCUGUAAACAAAAAGAUUAAUAGGUAGAUAGGCACUUUUACUAUAUUAACCUUUUUCAG